GUGGAUGCCAGGAGUUGCGCGGGCCCAAGGGGGAGGAAAUGUUUUGGGCGCACUGUGUGAAGGUUGGCGAUGCGGCCUAGAGGGGCCAGUUAGGAAGCAACACCUGCCCAGCCUUUUCCUGUGGCCUUAAAAAGUGAUCUCCUUCCAGCAACCUCCGUCCAGCACUCUGGACAGAUCAGCACGUCUGAGUGGGCCUUCCCUUUCAAGGAAACCUGUUGUCACGGGACGCUCCAUUAUGACAGGGACUCUGGGCUUCUGAACCCAGAACUCCUGCAGCCAAGCUGCUUAAGAGAAACACUUUGGCGUGCCACACCCCUUGCCACUCAUGGCGGAGAAGAGCACCCUUCGGACUUUGGCCUCCUCCAUCCACAGCGAAGAUCUCUUGAGCGACAUGGAGUUUCUCCCCGGCUCAGACCCCGCCACCCCAGUGCAGCAGGUCCCUUCUUCUCAGUCAGCCACCCCAUAUACCUCCAGGGUGACGGAACAGCUCUACACAUCCCUGCGUCAGAGCCGGCAGGCCGAGGCUCAGGCCCGCACCCACCUGGAGAACCAGCACAGCUUGGUCUUGGCCAGGGAAGCUGAGGCCGCCGAGGUCGAUCUGGAUACACUGGCAGAAGAGCUGAACCACCGGCUUUCAACCAGUGUGGAGGCCAGUGCAUUCAGGAAGGGUGUCGCUGCCGAGUCCCGCCACAUCACGGAGAUGGAGAAUGUGCGCUGUCACCUACAGAGCAUGCUCCGGUCAAGGGGUCCGGCUGUUGGGGACGCCGUGGCAACAGGGACCUUUGAGCGGAAAGAUGACGACUCCUUCGAGAGCGACAGCACGGCCGCCCUGCUCAAUGCCCGGCCCCUCCAGGAGGUCUCUCCGCCUGGCUCUUUGACGGGCUUCGAGGAGCUCUUUCCUCGCUACACCAGCCUGCGACUGGGCCAGCUCACCGAACGCUCAUCGUACGCCAGCUCCCUCCUGCUGAAGGACUCUUUGGACAAGGAGCAGGCCCGGCGGAAGCACUGUGAACGGCACAUCCAGACCUUGCAGCACCGCAUCCUGGAGUUGCGGCAGCAGCUGGCCGUGGCCAUCUCGGCCGACAAGAAGAAAGACGGGAUGAUUGAGCAGCUGGAUAAGACCCUGGCCAAAGUGGUGGAGGGCUGGAACCGGCACGAGGCCGAGCGGACGUCGGCGCUUCGUCGGCUGCAGACCGAGAAGGAGUCGGCGGAGCAGGCGCUGGGCAGGCAGAAGGAGAAAACGUCGGAGACAGAAGGGCGCCUCGAACAAGCCCUGUCCGCCCUCAGCCGGGAGCAACAAACAGCCAGCCAGUGCCUCAAGGAGAAGGAGGCGCUGGAGGAGGAGAAGGCCUCGCUGUCGUGCAGCCUGGAGGCAGAGCAUCGCCGCGUGCGCAGCCUGGAGGCCGACUGGGACCUGGAGCGCCGCCAGCAGGAGGCGCUGCGGGCCACGCUGGAGGAGCAGCAGAGGGGCUGGGCCCAGCGCGAGAGGCAGCUGGAGCAGCAGCACCAGGCGCUGGAGGAGGAGGGCCGGGCCCAGCUGGACAAGGAGAAGGCAGGGACGCAGCGAGAAGCCCAGAAGGCUGCAGAUGCCCAGCGCGUCCUAGCCUCCGUGCAGUCAGAAGUGCAAAGCCUCGAGGGCCAACUGGAGGCCGUGCGCCGAGAGAGGGACAACCUGAAGAUGGAGAUGAGCUUGGUUCAGGCCCGUUACGAAGCGCAGAAGGUAAAGCUGGAGUCGGAAUUGAAGGUGGCAUUAGAGCAGCGGGUGACGGAGCGCCUGGCUGAGGUUCACGAGGACAGCUUGCGCCAGAUGAGUGCCAUGAGGGAGCAGCACAGGAAGCAGCUGCUGGAGCUUAGCAGCCACCACGAGAAAGAGCUGGCCGGCCAGCUAGCCCAGUUCAAAUCUGACUUGGCCGAGAGGGAGGAGAGACAGCGGCACCUCACUGAGGACUGUGAGCGCAGGAUCGCCAAGCAGCAGGAAGAAAUGCAAGAGCUGCAGGCCAGGUAUCGGCGGCUGGAGGCCCAGCGAGCCGAGAUGGUGAUCCAGUUCCAGGCCAUGAUGCAGGCGCACUGGAACGAGGCCCUCCGCCUCUUCGCCGGCAGCAGCGCCUCCCCCCAGCUCAGCACCAAGGCUCAGGAGCAAGAUGCUCCCUCUGACCCGGACCCCGCCUCCGACCCGGAGUCUCUGCAGCCCUCGGAAUCUCUGAAGAAGGCUCAGAAGGUGGAAUCUCUUGGGAGCGUCCAGGGUGCCGGAGACUACGAGGGACCUGCAUGGACCCAGGCCGCGGCCUUCCGGCCUCUUGCUCAGCGCAACACCUUGCAGGGGCCGUGCAAAGGGUUUGAAAAGCCUCUGCAGGACCCUUACCGGCACUUCCUUCCCCUGCUGCCUGACAUGGGGCGCGUGUCCUCCGAAUUCAGCCGUGUUCUCAACUACAGCCUCCUCAGCCAGCAGGGUUUCCAGCAGCUGGAGCCUCAAGCGGACACCACUGCGGCUGGUUCAGGCCUGACUUUCCACCCCGACAACCUUGCAGAGCACCCGUUCACGGACGAGGCAGAUGAGGCCGCCGCUGAGGGGGCGGGCAAUGAGGGGGAGACCCUCCCACGUUACACCUUGGAGAGCGAAGCGCAGCAGCCCCAGGCGGACUUAAAUUACUACAUGCGCCUGCUUUGGGACCGCUCUGACAGCUGUGUUCAGGAGCAGGAAAAGGUUUCCACGGACAGCCCGCCGCACGCCACCAACCAGACGCAGCUUGGCACGUCCUACCACGAACGGUCCACCGCGCUCUGGGAUCCGGUGCAGCCGCCCAUCAACACCAUUCGCAUCCAACCGCCCAGCAACUCCGCCGUCCACAAAACCAAAGUCCCCUUGCCCAGAGUUGGGUCGGCCUACUCGAACCCGGAAGCCACAAGCCCCCCCCGGCAGAACCCCGCCCACGAGGGGGGAAUCCUGUCCCCCAAGCAGGUGGCUGAAGUUUCGCGCCUCCUGAAGCAAUACCAGGCCAGAGGGAGGCCUGUGCCUUCAACUGAGGAACUGUACACAUAUUUACGUGGCAUAGGCCAGAACGGGCUAGAAACAAAAGGCGACGGAAAUCCGCAAGCCCGCCGGAACCUCGACCCCCGAUUGACGGAAGCAACGAGGAAAGAGGUGGCCCCGACCCGCCGCAUGGGCACUUCGGGGUUUGGACGUGAGAAGCCCCAUGCCCCAGCCAAAGCCGGGAAGAAACCAACGGGCGUGCCGGCCUCUAACCCUCGCAGCAGCCGAGGAGGAGGUGUGUGGAGAUGAUGACCUCUUUGGAGCUGGGACCCUUCCCUCCUUCCCUCCUUCCCCCCUUCCCCCAAUUAGCUUCUUCUGAGCAGCGGUUUCCUCUGGCCUUCUGGCUGCCGGCCCGUGAGCCGCUCACAGGGAUGGAAGCACCUCCUUCACCUCCAGUUCCGCCUCAACCGUUUCCUUCAAUGCGGAGUUCCAAAAUGUCGCCUUUUCCAGAAAGGAAGGACUGAGAAUGUGCAGGCAGGGCGUUUUUGCUUUUGCUUUGACACUUGGCUUAAAUCCUGCAGUGUCAAAACUUGGCGUGACAAGAACCGCGGCUUUUCUUUAAAAAAUCCUAACGAAAAGAGGGUCAGCGAAGACCCCGGCUGGACCCAGCGCUCUGAGACGUCCAUGGCGUCGCCCCCCCCUUCUGCGUUUGGCCGUUCCAUUCAGUGGACAAAGCCUUGAAUCUAGGACAGCCUCUUUGCCUGUCAAAUAGCUCGGCUGCGAGUGACAUGUGCCAGAGUAUUUUCGACGGAGGGGGGGCCGUGGGACACCUCCCGUUCUCUUGCCAAAACCUGCUGUGCCUCCCCCCGCCCCCAAAAUCCUCUGCAUCCUGGUGUUUGUGAGUGCUUCAUUCCGGGUGUGCUGUUUUAGACACACCGAGAUUUGCUGUACAAGUUUGCUCUUCUUUGCACAGUUACUUAUAUUUUUGUA